AUGGCUCCGCCGUCGGACGUCUACUUUCCAUCGCUGGACGAUUGUUUUGGUGACAGCCAACUCAUAUCAUGGAAGACCGCAUACCUGUCUAUAGCAAGGACAGAAGGCCAGCCUAAACUUGAUAAAAACAUUUCCGACUUCCUCUCAUCCCCAACCGGGCUCAGCAUCCUCUCCAAUCCUUACGCUCCCUUUCCGAAACCAUCCAGUGCCUCCAAGACAGCAUUCGAGACAAAGACAGCCGCUAUCCAUGUUACAUCCUCUAAAAACACAUCUGCUUCUUCUGAUGAAAUAAAGUCAGACGCGCUCUGGUUGAGUAAGGGGGCCGAUAUAGACGAAGUAUCCGCUUUGCGCAUUGUAGUGUUAGCCUGGCAACGCCGACGUGAAAAUGAGCUAUUGUCUCAUUUUUCAGAGGAGGAGCUUACGAGCUUGCAUGACUCCGUUGGGAUUGGGAGGUCGCCGCAUGGUUCUUACGGAAAUGAGGCCGCCAGUAUCCUCAAAUACGCCGGCUCGCAGACCGGGACCUCUGAUACAUUGAUAUCCAAGGAGGCGCGGCAGAGAAUUCUCUUCGAUAUAUGGCUAUCAGAGCGGCGACAUAUACUCAAACUGGCUCAUUUCUUAAUAGCUACCUCGAUAAAAGAUACACGACAAGAUCAGCUGCCUUCGCUACCUAAGCCCUCCGCUGGUUCUGAUGAUGAUUCUCUUGUCGAAGCCGGUCAGCUCGGAAGCGCGAUCCUCAAGGGCGAGUGCGGGAUGCUGAAGGUAAACAAGACCGAGAUUAGCAUUCCUGGCUGUAUUGAGGCCUUUAGACUACGCGUCAAGGGCCUGGAAGCCGGGAGUUGGUGGUCAAAGUCAGUAGGGUCUGAUAUGUUGAUGGAAAGUUCUUGGCAGUCGAGUUCUCUCGAAGAGCUGGUCCAGAUAUUAAACCUUCUUUUCCUUCAGAUCAGAUCCUCUGACACAAUUCCCUCGUCUGAGGUGCUGUUGUCCUGGCUCAGGUUGAUGGGCGAAUAUGAAUUCCUAGAGACGAUUUGUCCUCUAACUUCAGAUAAGACAACAGAGGAGCAAGCAGCCAUAUACUCCCAACUUCAGACACUCAUAUCAAUAACGACACUUUCGUUCCUCAAACUUCAAGUGUCUUCAGCGCGCCUAGACAAACCGGAGUUAAAACCAAAGAAUGCGCCGUACUUUCUAUCUCAGAAAGAUGUUGGCGAAAUCAAUGAGAUAUUCCUCAAGGCAGCACAUGCUGGCCGGCUAACUGCCAGUGCCGCCGUAUUUGCCUGGGCGGUUAUCAUGUACUCUGUAGGAGAGAUUGCCCUAGCUAUCAAAGAAGACAGAGAGCUUCAACAGGCGAAUCACGCCGUCGAAUCAUUCAACAACAGCACACAAUUUGCCGCGCCAUCCGGCCUUUCUGAGCUAUCUAUUUACGAGGAAGUCUGGGAAAAAGCACGUAACCCCGAAUUCGACGAAGACUUUGUCAGGUUCCUUGUCUCAAGCGCCGUUGACAGGUGUCGCCUGCUCGAGCUCAUAUUCGCCAUGUCAGAGCAGCUCCGAUCUAUUCCAAGACAGGGAGGAGAGAAUCUGGUAAACCAAUGGGGUCAGUUAGAACUCUUAGACCUAAUCAGGUCUGGAGUCCAAUACCUGGACUACAUUCCUGAACUAGUUGCAGCCGUUCUGUGCAUCGUUUCAGAACCAGUGGAAUAUCAAAGCCUGGACAAGGAACCAAAGUUCGACGAUUCUUAUGAUCCCCGCGCAGUGUUCCUGAACGACAAGAUUUUAAUGGAGAAAAUCUUUCAAAAUGCUAAAUCUCGUUUCCCUUACGAGGCCGUGAACUUUUUGAAAUUCUGCAGAGCUCUCUCAAGGUGCAGUUUAUCAAACGAUGAUGGACUACCUAUAAUCUGUCAAGAUCUAGAAUCCAUGACCACCUACACGCAGGUCGUUGCACCUGGAUUCCAGGGAUAUCGGUCUGUCCGAGAAGACGAGAACGCGAAUUACGUUCAGCUUAUUACCCCAUUAGAUAUGAAGGAGGUUGCGUCUACAAAACGAGAUGUAAUGCAGACAUCAAAUGAAUUGGUUCUUGCCAACGAAUUAUCUGUACUUCCAGCGGUUACCGUUGGCCAAGUUGUCAGCGAGUCAAAGCCUGCUGUGAUAAUGUGGCACCACCAGUAUAACUGUCUCGGGUUCCUUGGAAAGUGGCUAGAACAAGCUACAUACGGCCGCGGAAAUGAUAAUGGCCCUGACGAUGAAGUAGCGGCCGAUAUCAUCGGUUUACUUGCCGACUUGAUUGAUACUGCAUAUGCAAUCUCUAGAAGGAACGGACAUGACUCGUCUGCCAAACGAAUACUGGAAAUGGCCAGUGACGGAUUGGAUCGCCAUGCUGAUAUCAUUUCUGUGGUUUUUGACAUUUUUGAACGGAGCCUCCAGGGUGCAAGCGCUAGCUCAGGCAAUCGAAACCUUGAUCUUACCAUGUCAUGCAUGCAUUUUAUAGCUGCUCUAACCAAAGUCCUCCCCGGAAGAGUUUGGCCCGCACUUAUUCGAAGCUCGUUCCUGUCAACAAAUGGAAAUGGUGGAAUGCUAGAUAAAAUAAUAUUCUCAGUAGAGGCAAGCUCUGGAGAUCUUUCGUUCCUCCUUUCAGCUAUUAGGCUUUUUGAAUCCGUUGUCGACGACACCAUUACGCAUGCCGCUCUUCGAAGAACCACUGCAAAGGUCACCUCUGCGUCCUAUGUAGUUGAAUAUACAGCUGGAAUUCCCGUACGCUCAAUGCGCACCUGUUUACUCAAUUUCGUCCGAGCAAUGGUGGAGAUAUACAAUAGUGGCUCGGGCUGGAAGCACAACGACGUUCACCAACAGAUCGAAAUCAACACCUCCUUGGCCAUUAAUUUCCAUAAAAUUCUUUAUUAUGUUUACGGAACUGAUGAUACCCAGGACCUCGACGAUAAAGUGACCGCCGUUUUUUCAGCUUCUGCCAAAUAUCUUCUGAAUAUUCUUCGACCAGGAUUAAAUGAGAGCCUUCCAGCUAAUCCUAUAUUGCGAAUUAUACUGGACGGAUUCGAAGCCCAUGUACCUGAAAACAUGGUUCAUUCCAGUGUCGACUGCGGUACAUUAAUAGUAUCGACACUAGAUCUGGCUAAAAUCCUAAUUCAGGUUGGAUGGCUGACAGACGCUCCCAUUUCUGUUCUUGAAAAGCAGCUCUUCAGCGCUUCGCCUGUACUGGCGAGAUUAUUUGUACUUGACCGCAGGUACCAUCUCCCAAUUGCUACAUUGCUUGAGUUGCUGGUGUCUCGCGCAUCCGCCUAUACGGAGAGAGAGCCACCCUCUCUACUUGGACACCUUGGUGCCGACUCAUCAUGUCGCUUCCUAGAUGCUCUAGCCAAAUUUGAUCGACCGUUCGGAUCCGACGACGUUAAGGUAGCAAUCUGGAAACUUGUAACCUCCAUCAUAACCAAAAGGCAACAGUGGCUUGCUGUUUUCCUGCUAACGGGUUGCUCGCCUCGAGAGGCCUUGAAAGCCGAUUCCGAUAGAGGAGCGGCAUCUAUGAAAUCUAAACCAUUCCUAGAAGCUUCUCUGGAUCUGCUAUCCUCUAUUUCCUCUAUCCCACCUCAAGUGGCGGUUGCAGCGCUACAUUUUAUCGCCAAAGCGCAAGAGAACUGGCCUUGGGUAACACCAGAGCUAAAGAAGCAUCCAAAUUUCUUCACUGUUGUAACAAAAUACAUCACAGAGCUGAAUGUCAACAAGCUACUACCAUACCAAAAGUGCAUGAACAUACAGAUCGCAGCGCUGGUGGUUGAUAUUUGCACUGUCUAUCUACACAGUGCUAAGGAGGUCAGAGAUGGAUCGUUUUUCAAAACGCUGAUACCACUCGUCUCCUGGCUCUCGGAAAAUGCAGUUGAAGUUGAUGGCUACAAUGCAUCGCUACACGCGAACUUGAAACGGAAUUUCGAGAUGAAAUACCGCGAGAGUAAAAUAACAAAUAUCAAGCGGACCGCUCUUGUACAACCAGAAUUUGGAGAGGGGUAUUAUUAUGAUGUUCCAAUGGGCAACAAGCUAUUCGGCUACGAUUUUGCUUGGAUUGGUAAACGAGACCAAGGGUUUGUCGAAGAGGUUAAACGGGCCAAUCUGAACCUAUCCCUUGUCGAAGCACAGAUGGUAAGCCUAGUUCUACUCGGGCUGUUCGGCUCUGAUUUUACUAACAUUGAAGUCGAAGUGCAGUCAAGGGGCUCUGAAGUUUUUAGUCUUCUAGCUGUUGUAUGGGAAACAAUUCGGCUUCGCAACCCGACAUAUGAGAGCGCUCUGUUGCAUGACGAUACGGAGUAUUACGGUCUGCUGCUUAACGUGUUAUUCCUCACCCUACAAUUCCACGUUGCAGGUGCGAACCUAGUCAAUCCUGAAGCUGUCAGCCAGAAGCCCGAGGUGUCUUCUGACUUGUCUGUCGUUGUGGAUGUUGUCAAGAACGUAGUUGCCAACGGCUAUCGAACUCUCUGCACACAUCUACAUGACCAGCCUGGAAAAUGUACUCCAAAAGAUUUCGCGAUUUUAACCGCGAUCUUACAAACCUCCCUCAAAGUCAAGGAUGUGGACCGCAUCUACGAACAGAUUGCGUUCCAUCUAAUUGAUAGUGAUACCAUUCGAUAUGCUGCCACCCUGUUCUCUUGGUCACACCAACUGACCAUCGAGGGUGACCCGGUUUACGGAGAGAUCAGCAUGUUGUAUCUCCUUGAGCUAUCCUGCAUCCCGAACAUCGCUGAACAGCUGGCAGUAGACGGGAUACUUGUUAAGCUAUCAACCUACCGACUCACCGAGGCAUUCCGUCAACCCCAAGGGUGUGUACCCGAAAUCGCCGCAUUCCUCAACCAGUUCGAGGGCCAGCUCCGGCGAGCAUCGGCCGGGUUCUCACUUGGUAGCCCAACCGUCAUUCCUCUGGCCACGAGCCAUCACGCCGUCAAACGCCUAUCUCUUGGGAUGGCGACCGAAGCCUGUUCUCUCGCACUGAUAUCGAUGAUUAUACAGAAAUUCCGCGAUGCAGGGCCAAGUGCAGGCGUAGAUCCACAGAACAUACAAGACCUGAAGUGGGACAGAGUGCAGGUGAAGGACGAUAUCGACGCUUUGUUGGAGAAGCGUUCAGUCCUACGCUCGCGUAUUACGCCAACGAACGAGAAGGAGGUUGCUUGGUCCCAGCGGCCGCCUCUGGAUGCAUCCGGUGGUGCAGAGAGUUUACUAGAAGAGAAGAUUGUGAAGGAGCUUCAAACAGCUGUUGCAUGUAUGGGCGCUGGGAGUGAUGAUUAG